AUGGCGGGAAAGCAUGCGCUGAUCGUCCCUGCUUUGAAGAAGCAUACUGCGACGGUGAUCAUGGCACACGGAUUGGGCGACAGCGGUAAAGGGCUCACUGGAGGCAGGGUAUCGCUGGCUGAAACCUGGCGACGGCGUGGGAAGUUUGAGGACGUCAAAUUCGUCUUUCCCAACGCACCGAACAUCCCCAUCACAGUGAAUUUUGGCAUGCGUAUGCCGGGUUGGUACGAUAUCACCGACUUCUCCGAUCUGAAGCAAGCUCACGACGAGCCCGGCAUCCUGCGCUCACGGAUCACGUUCACCAAACUCAUCACUGAUGAGAUCGAGGCGGGCAUUCCCUCAAAUCGAAUAAUCUUGGGCGGCUUCUCACAAGGUGGCGCCAUGUCCCUCUUCACUGGCGUCACCACACCGCAUAAGCUGGGUGGAGUGUUUGGGCUGAGUUGCUACUUGGUUUUGGGAGACAAGAUCAAGGACUUUGCGAAAGAAGCGAACGAAGCGAACAAAGAUACGCCCUUCUUCAUGGGCCAUGGUGAUGCAGAUGAGGUCGUCAAGUACACAUGGGGACAACAGACAGCGGAGGUGUUGAGGAAGGAGUUAGGCCACAAGGUCGAGUUCAAGACGUACCGUGGCUUGCCUCAUUCAGCUGUACCAGAGGAAAUCGAUGAUUUGGAGGAGUUCAUCAAGAAGUGUCUGCCGGCAAGCGAAUCGCUUUGA